UGUAUCUGAUAACGAAGUCAGCUUGCCUUUCUAAGAAGAAUUAAAUACUCUUAAAAUCGUAUUACAUAUUGUGACUGUGGAAAUGGAAAUCGAUUCUGAAAAUUUAUUCGCGCUUGUUUUUGAAAGGAAAGCGCUGUGGGAUAAAACAGCGAAAGAGUACCGCAAUAGGAUUCUCGUUGAUCGACUUUGGCGCCAAGUUUCAACAGAGUUGGGCGGAGUUGCAACAACGGAUGAUGUCAAAAAGAAAUGGAAAAACCUUCGAAAUUCCUUUGGAAAGGAACUGAAAAAAAUUCCCGAAGGAAGAUCUGGCGACGCAGGGCCAUUAAACUGUGAAACUUACACCACUUGGCCUUUUUUAACACAGAUGAUGUUUCUAAAGGAUCAAAUGAGGUCAAGAAAAUCAGGUGGCAAUCUCGGUUCUGUAAGCACUGCACAAGAAGAAGACUUAGAUGACUCGGCGGAUCUCCAUCAAACCGUACGCACCGUCGCAUCCGAUGAUCAUAAUGAUGUUUCUAAUCGGGAUGUUUUCGAGAUAGACUCAGUUGCGGAAGUUGUUGCGAAUUCAAGAGCUCGUUUUCCAUGUGUAAAACGGGGAGCACAGCAGCAACUUAUCGAAAUUGAAACGCGAAAGCUGAGGUUGCUUGAACAAAAAGCAAAUAAACUGGACACUAAGGAAGAUGACGAGGAUGUGGCAUUUUUUAAAAGCUUGAUACCGCACGUUCGGAAAAUAAAAGCAGAGCAGAAAUUGAGAUUCCGUACCGACAUUCAAAAUGUCGUUCUGCAAUAUGUUUAUAACGAACACAGAAUGCAGACCAUGUCAGAUACGCGCAGUGUUCAAAGUUUUACGCCGUCGCAGAACCGGAUACACACUUAAACGGUUUCGCCGAGAACCCAACAGCUGAUAUCUCGGUAAUUAUUUGACGA